ACAAGGACUAUGUGGGCUUUGGCCACACUGCCAAACCAGGUGCACCGUAAGUCUGUUAAGAAGGGCUUUGACUUCACCUGAUGGUAGCAGGGGAGUCUGGUCUGGGCAAGUCCACCCUGGUCAACAGCCUCUUCCUCACAGACCUCUACAAGGACAGGAAGCUACUCAACGCUGAGGAGCGGAUCACUCAGACAGUGGAGAUCACUAAACACACAGUGGACAUUGAGGAGAAGGGCGUGAAGCUGAAGCUCACCAUCGUAGACACCCCUGGCUUUGGAGACGCUGUCAAUAACACUGAAUGCUGGAAGUCAGUGGCGGACUACAUCGACCAGCAGUUUGAGCAGUACUUCAGGGACGAGAGUGGACUGAACAGGAAGAACAUCCAAGAUAACAGAGUCCACUGCUGCCUCUACUUCAUCUCUCCCUUCGGACACGGUCUGAGGCCUCUGGAUGUGGAGUUUAUGAAGGCCCUUCAUGAGAAGGUCAACAUUGUGCCAAUCCUGGCCAAGGCAGAUACACUCACACCCACCGAGGUCAAGAAAAAGAAAUUCAAGAUCCGAGAGGAGAUCCAGCAGUAUGGGAUUAAGAUCUACCAGUUCCCAGACUGUGACUCUGAUGAGGAUGAGGACUUCAAACAGCAGGAUCAGGAGCUCAAGGACAGUAUACCGUUUGCGGUGAUCGGCAGCAACACGGUGGUGGAGGCCAAAGGGAAGAGGGUCCGUGGUCUGUAUCCCUGGGGCAUCGUGGAAGUGGAGAACUCGGCGCACUGUGACUUUGUGAAGCUGAGGAACAUGUUGGUGAGGACACACAUGCAGGACCUGAAGGAUGUGACACGGGAGACCCACUAUGAGAACUACAGGGCUCACUGCAUCCAGAGCAUGACCCGCAUGGUGGUGAAGGAACGCAACCGCAAUAAACUGACCAGGGAGAGCGGCACAGACUUCCCCAUCCCUGUGAUACCAAGUACCACAGACACAGAGACGGAGAAGCUAAUCCGAGAGAAAGACGAAGAGUUGCGGCGAAUGCAAGAGAUGCUCACAAAGAUCCAGGAACAGAUGCACACGCAGAAGGAGGCCUAUUAACCAAGGCUACUACUAGAACCCCUUAACCUCUGUAAAUAUAGGCCCCUUUCCACUACUAGGGUGGGCACCACUAGUACCACUCUACUCUAGUCCACAAACCAUUGUCUACUCCAGCUCAUCCAACCCCAACAGCCACCACUCUUCAUUUCGUCAAUAACCCUCACUAUCAGAGACUGAAUCAAGGCCAGGCAUGAGGCAUUCACAGACAGGAGGUGGCAUGGUGAGAAGUUUCUUCUUCCAACAACAUGGAAGCCUUGCGUCUCCACACAUGUUGUGGAAACUCUAACGGUAACAACGGGCACCCCUGUCAGGUGCCAUUGCUAGAGCACAACACCACAGACCUAACCACCUGUUUGUCCUUACAGGGUUACGGCCGGGUCCUGCCUGCCUGCCUUCCACCCAUAGUUUAUAUGUGGUCUUGUCAAAAGAUAACUUUUUGCCUUCCAGUUUUGUCGCUAAUGUACCUUGAUGUUUCUCCUUAGUGAACUCUAACCCCUGACAUUGGUUAAGGGGUAGACUGUAGAGCAUGUGUUGUCCUGUAUACUGAUAUAAUGUAAAUCUUUUUUUUUACUACAAUUACAUGAUUGCAUCUAUCACUUGUAAUUAUUUUAUUUGCAUUGCUACACAGAAUAGCAAGAAAUUCCUUGUUGUGGAAUGAAUGACAAAUGUUACUGAAGUACUGUUGUGUGUUUUUGGACAAAUGUAUGUUAAUAGGGCUAAUUCGUUUUCUUCACUUUUCCAGUUCCAGCAUUCUCAAACCUGGGUUGUUCGUUCUUGUAUUUAACUGAAAAAGGAAACCCACUACUUAGUUUUGAUAUCUGUAAUGAUAGAUUAAGUUUUUUCUGGAAUAUUGUUGACUUGCAGCUCUCCAGGGUCGUGUUAACUUUUCGCAGUGAAAACCAAUGUGUGUUCUUAGACCGGGAUUCAAUCCGAUUAUAGACAUUGUGACUUUUAAAGGCAAUUUCAGAUUGAGCUGACAUGCACAUUUACGUGAUAGGAUCUCCGCAAACGUGGGGAACAUUGCCUUUUUAAAACCCGAGAUCGGACUGAAUCACGGCCCGAAUGGACACGUUCAGGUAGUAACUCCCCGUAGAAUAAUUAUUUUUUUUACUGAACACUACCCAAAAGGAGAAAAGAGCAGGCUUGAGCUAAUUAAGUGGCAGCCAAGAGACGCUGGCCUGGGGACCAAGCAGUCAGGACAAGGCCCUUAUUCUGCCGGAUGUCAGGGGUUAGAGAAUGACCGGAUCGCCUCGUAUGUUAUAGAAGUGUCUGACAUAGCAAGCCUUCAUUCAUGGGUUGAUUCAUUGAUAUACUCCUUAGACUUGAUGUUGAUUGUGGACAGUAAGUAUGCACCUACUCUUUUGAAGUACAUUAUUAAGUAGAUAUGUUUGAGUGGAUGGUUUUAUUAUAGUAGUUAUAUUAUGCAGUCAAAGCAAGAAAUUAUGUAAUUAUCAUUUAGGUAUUUUCCACUCCCACGUUUCCCCACAAGAAUUUUGGCUUUAAACAAUUUUUGUUAUAAGAUGAAUAGUUUUGUAUUUAUUUUCCUCAGGUGCAAAUAUGAGGUCAUUCACAAGGAACAAGUCAUGAGAUAUAAAGAUACAUAUGUUUUGGAUUGUAUGAAUAUGCCAGAAAAAUUAAGAAUGUUUCAAUGAGAAUAAAAUAUUUCAGAUUUGUA